UGUAUCAGAAUUCAGGAUUAAUAUCCCAAUCUAUUUUCCUCUGUAUUCCUGUUAAUCUGAACUCUACACUGUUCAUUUGGCUGGAACACUGGGCCACUUUCGCACAGCAACAUUGUUCAGCAGCAGGUCUCAGAGGGCUGCUCGUGGCUUUAGCCUGAAGAGCCCGCCCCGCCUCCUCCCCUCUCCCGGACUCCUCCCCCAGGAUGUUGAACCCUAUCCAGGUCCUGUGCUCCGACAUCACUUCCCUCUCUCUGGAGCCCGAGCCGUUUGCCUCUUACACUGAAGCUGAUAUCAUCUCCACUGUAGAGUUCAACCACACUGGAGAGCUCCUGGCCACGGGGGACAAGGGGGGGCGUGUGGUCAUCUUCCAGAGGGAACCUGAGUGUAAGACAGAGCCGUUCUCCCAGGGGGAGUAUAAUGUCUACAACACCUUCCAGAGUCAUGAGCCGGAGUUUGACUACCUGAAGAGUCUGGAGAUCGAGGAGAAGAUCAACAAGAUACGAUGGCUGCCUCAGCAGAACGCCUCUCACUUCCUCCUCUCCACCAAUGAUAAGACCGUUAAGCUGUGGAAGGUGAGUGAGCGGGACAAGAGGCCUGAAGGCUAUAACCUGAAGGAUGAGGAGGGCAGGAUGAAGAACCUCUCCACUGUCACCUCACUACAG